AAUAUUAGCCCGCAAGAUCCGGAGUCGUCAGCGGUAGUACUAUAUCAUUUCCAUAUACUCCUAUCUAAGCGAAGAGAAGAUGGCUAGAGCUCUUUCAACUUGCAAUGGAAGGGCGAAUCUUUUCGGGUCCUCCACAUCAAAUCUUCUUAGCCCUUCGUCAGUAUGUUACAGGCCUCUGGUGGUCAGAAUGUCCCGAGAGCAACCUUACUGGGCAAAUAUCGAAGCGGACGUCGAAACACAUCUAAAGGAAGCCAUCCCAAUCCGGCAUCCGGUUUCGGUCUUCGAGCCCAUGCAUCAUCUAGCCUUUGCAGCGCCGAGAACCACAGCCCCGGCCCUGUGCAUUGCUGCUUGUGAACUCGUCGGCGGCCACCGGAGCCAGGCCAUGGCUGCGGCGUCUGCUAUUCAGCUCAUGCAUGCAGCUGCGUCUGCUCACGAGCAGCUUCCCUUGACCGACAGGACCAGGCCCAAGACCAAGCCCGCAACGGAACGUAAGUUCGGCCCCAAUAUUGAGCUCCUGACCGGGGACGGAAUCGUGCCAUUUGGGUUCGAGCUGCUGGCUGAUUCGCUGUAUUCAGCCCAAAACAAUCCGGAUCGGGUGUUGAGGGUAAUGACCGAAAUCGCCAGGGCCACAGGAUCGCAGGGGGUGGUGGAUGGCCAAUUCAGGGAAUUCAUCAUCAGCCAAUCGGAUGAGGAAGGGGCGGUCGAUGCGAGCUCGAUUGAGUAUGUGAGCAGGAAGAAAGAAGGUGAACUGCAUGCUUGUGCUGCAGCUUGUGGAGCAAUAUUAGGAGGCGGCAGCGAGGCAGAAAUCGAGAAGUUGAGAAGCUAUGGACUCUAUGCCGGAACCAUACAAGGAAUGCUAUAUGGAAUUGGAAGAAAUCAAAAGGGAGUGCGAGAAAUGGUGGAAAAUUUGAGAGCACUGGCCCUGAAAGAAGUGGAAAGUUUCAAGAACAGAGAAAUUGAGGCAAUUUCUAGCUUGGUGGAGCCUGAACUCAGCUUCGUCUAG